AUGGUUAAGAAACUUCCACUAAGAAGAGGAGGAAUACCACCAUUAACUACUAGAGGAGGGGGUAGAAGGGCAUCUGGCAAGAGUGCAAGGGGUAGAAGAACACAAUGGGUACAUCAAAAUGAAUCUCAAGAGGGAUGGUGGUUCAACAAUGCAGUCAAGGGCAGUGGUUCAGCUAUAGGAAGGGGUGGUCGUUCAGUUAUGCAAUCAAGGGGUGGUGGUUCAGCUAUGGGAAGGGGUUAUAGUUCAACUAUGCAAUCAAGGGGUGGUGGUUCAGCUAUAGGAAGGGAUAGUGGUUCAGCUAUGCAGUCAAGGGGAGGUGGUUCAACUAUGGGAAGGGGUGGUGGUUCAAUAGUGCAAAGAAGGGGUGGUGGUUCAGCAAUGUAG